CCGCCGGCCGAGCCGGCUUCCCAAGGCUACUCCGCCGGCGGGAACUCCGAGCAAAGCGCCGCUCGUCCCGCUUGGUUUCUUUAUUAGGCAAACUCCGGGCGCUUUGACGGUCGUCCUCCCUUGCCAGCUCCACGCUUGCGACCAACCGCGGGAGGGAUCCGGUCGAUCGGCUUUAGAACGUGGCUCUUCGGUGAUCACGGGGGUUUCCGGGCACUCCCCCCUCCCCGCGUGGGUCACCUUGGCGGAAAGGUCAGCGCCUGCCCUGUGCGCUUGAGAGAGAGAGAGAGAGACCCACUUUGUGCCUUGUAGGUUUGCGGUUCAAAUCCAGGACGACUGACUCAGCGCAGUAACGUUGCCUGCAUAAGAGAACAGAGGAGAGCAGCGCACACAUCAGGAGGUCUUCCUGGGUGUAAUUCUGGAAGCAAAACAGCCUACGUGCUCCUAAGCAAGCAAAUAGGUGAGACCACAGUCAAAAAUGACUGUGAACUGGCUUGACUAUAGUUAUGCAGCACUGGUGGCUUCAGGUGGAAUAGUUGGAUAUGCAAAAGCAGGUAGUGUUCCCUCCCUUGUGGCUGGUCUCGCGUUUGGCAGCUUAGCAGGCCUGGGGGCAUAUCAGCAGUCUCAAGACCCCAAAAAUGUGUGGCUUUCUCUGAUUGCAUCUGGAACUUUGACUGGUGUGAUGGGAAUGAGAUUCUAUAACUCCAAGAAAUUCAUGCCUGCUGGGUUAAUUGCUGGUGCCAGCCUAUUAAUGGUGGGCAAGCUUGGACUACAGCUGAUGGAGAAACCCCUUCAGCCAUAAUUGUGGAGCAGACAAGAAGCAGAUGAGCCAUCUGAACAAAAUGCUUUCUGAGCAUCUACUUGAAAUGUGCAAUGAAGAAAACCAGAACGUCUGAUUUUAAAAAAGCAUAGUAUCAACAAGGAUGUUCAGUUAGAUCGGUAUGUUCCAUUGUAACCAGGACAUUCUGUUUAUUGGCUCCUUUUGUACAACCGCUACACAGCAUCACAGCAUUAACAUUUCAGUUUUUACAUCUAGCAUACAUUUCUUCCCACAGCUCUGAGCACUUUAUGUAUGGGGAUAUUUGAUAGUGAUAACCAAUGCUACUGAUGCCAAUAAUGAAAACAUAUUUGCUUAGCUUAUACUUUUGUAUCUUUAUUUUGGAUGCGAUAAAGGUGUGCAUUUGUAUCUGUCCUAAAGGGAGCUCGAAUUAAGGCAUAGUCCUUAAGAAAGUAGCCCUAGACUGUAUUUUUUUCUUUAAAAUCAUGUGAAGGUUUGCUAAUUUUCUGUCAAAGGCAAUUGAAAUAAAGACUUAUUUACUAAUGAA